CAGUUCUUAAGGACAGUAAGGUGACAAAAGAAAUCUGUUGUUUAUUCGUCGGUGUCAGUUGUGAAUCACGUGACAUGUCUAUCGUCCAAUGAAUGCGCGCCGAUCCUGACUUUACUCCAUUGCGUCAAUGCAGCUACGGCGAUGUAACCGUGUGUCCUGCUCUGAAAUAAGGUCUUUGCGCGAUAAUUCUCCUUCCGAAUGGUACGCGUGCUAUGACCACCUCCCUGGUCUUAAAUCCUCGUUGGGCGGAUACUGUAAUGUUUGUGUAUGAAAACAACUUGGAUGAGCUUAACAAGAACAUGGAAGGUCUGGUUGGUAGCAGCAAUUUCGCGGCCAACCAGUGCAGGAAUCUGAUAGCUCACUCAGCUCUGAGCGGCCACCCUUCCAGCCUUGUGCAUGGUUCUGGCUAUUCCACCGUGGAUGUAAGUACCUCGAGUUCAGGAGAAACCAGUAAGCAAUGCACUCCGUGCCCAACGGUACCCCAAGCUUCGUCCACGGGGCCUAUACCUUAUGGCUACUUUGGCAACAGUUAUUAUCCCUGCAGGAUGGGGCGGGGUUCGCUCAAGCCUUGCACACAACCGAGCGCGCUUGGCUACUCUGCAGAGAAGUACAUGGACACCCCGGUCACAUCUGAAGAAUAUCCCACCAGGGCCAAAGAGUUCGCUUUUUACCACGGCUACCAUGGCCCUUAUCAAUCCAUGGCCAGCUAUUUGGACGUGUCCGUGGUACAGACACUAGGGACCAGCGAGCCACGACACGAUAGUCUUCUCCCUAUGGACAGUUACCAACCGUGGGCUCUGGCGAAUGGAUGGGGAGGUCAAAUGUACUGUUCCAAGGACCAGAGCCAAGCCGGCCAUCUGUGGAAAUCUGCAUUAGCAGAUGUUGUUGCCCACCAACAUGACGGGGGCUCUUUUCGCCGAGGUAGAAAGAAAAGGAUACCAUACACCAAAGUGCAGCUUAAGGAACUGGAGAAAGAGUAUGCCGCCAACAAAUUCAUCACGAAAGACAAGAGGAGAAAGAUUUCUGCGGUAACCAACUUGUCCGAGAGGCAGAUCACAAUCUGGUUUCAGAACAGGAGGGUAAAGGAAAAGAAAUUUGUUGCCAAAGUUAAAAGCAGCGCUCCAUAAUAGGGAUUUGAACAAGACAUUUUUUUUAUAUCUGUGACUCAGAUUAAACAAAAAAGUCGACUGGACUUUUACUGCGAUUGUUUGUGUUCUAUUGCCUGCGUAUUUGCAUCUCGAACUAAUGAAAGGAUGAAAACAUAAAGAAUAAAAAAGACAA